ACCCGGCCGCCCUGAGUGCACCUGCAGAGCUGGCAGGAGGAGUCUUCUUGCAGUCUGAUGCUGGAUUGUGGCCGCUGCUCUUUGCUCACACGCCGCAACUUUUUACUGCAAGUUUCGCUCACUGGACUUCGAUUAAACUCACCCCGGGAAUGGAGGCGUCGAACGCUUGGCUCAGCUGCCUGCUCUUCACUCUUUUAGGCGCUUCCACUGUUGGACUGGAGAUAACCUCCUCAGCAAUGACGUCCAUCGAGAAAGCCAGCGGUCAAAACGUGAAACUGGACUGCAUGUUCACUUUAGAUGCCGCGGAUUCCGGGCCGCUGGAUAUCGAGUGGAGCUUGCUGUCUUCUGACAACCAGAAAGAAGACAAAGUGGUCAUCCUGUACUCUGGCGACAGGUCCUACGAGGACUACUAUGCUGCAAUAAAGGGCCGAGUUCACUUCAACUCAGCUGACCCCAAGAAUGGCGACGCUUCAAUCAACCUGACGGGCCUGAAGUCUUCAGACUCGGGAACCUACCAAUGUAAAGUGAAGAAGGCGCCAGGUAUCCGCAGCAAAAAGAUGCUCCUGAUCGUCAUGGUGAAGCCAUCCAAGCCCAGGUGCCAAGCAGAUGGACCUACACAAGAGGGCAAGGACAUCACUCUCAGGUGCACAUCCAACGAGGGCACCAAGCCCAUACAAUACAGCUGGGAGAAAACUAGUGACAACAAGGUGCUGCCUGCUUCCGCUUUAAUGGACCCCAUGGGAGGCACCAUUAAUGUGAGGAACGCAUCUGCCAGUGCAUCUGGUGCAUACCGCUGCAUCGCCAGCAACCGGGUGGGCACAGAGGAGUGUGUACUGUAUCUCAAUGUGACACCUCCUCCCAAUACUGCCGGCAUCAUCGCAGGAGCCAUAAUCGCGGUGCUGCUGAUGCUCAUCAUCAUCGCCAUCAUCCUCUUCUGCUGCUGCCGUGCUCGACACAGGAAGAAGUAUGAGAAGGAAAUCUGCAAUGAGAUAAGAGAAGACGUUCCGCCUCCCAAGAGCCGCGUAUCUACGGCGCGCAGCUUCACCGUGGGCAGCCAGCGCUCCUCGCUGGGCUCCAUGUCGCCUUCCAACCUGCACGAGUACGCCCUGAAGACCCAGUACGACAAGAUCCCGUCAUCGGAAGAAGACAGACCUCCUAGCCACACCCCCAGGCCCCCACCGACCGCCCCCAGGGUGGCAGGGCCCAACCUCAGUCGCAUGGGCGGCAUCCCCGUCAUGAUCCCUGCCCAGAACAGGGACGGCUCCAUUGUUUAACGAUGCCUCCUUUUGCAAAGGAACCAUAACUGGUAGGUUAGAGGCGGGGGUGGCAGGGCUCGAAGAAGACGGAGCUGGGACAGGAUGCAGCUCUGACACAAACAAGACCUUACCGCUAUGAAGACCUUACCGCUGUGGUGCUGAGAAGAAAAUUGUAAUUUUACGGAAAUCACAGACUUUUUUUUUUAUAUCAAUCACAAGUCAUUUUUAAAGAUGCUGUAUGUUCAUUACAGCUUCUAGCCCCUGAUUAGCUCAUCUGUACAGCCGUAUGAAUGCAUGUAUAUAUAGAAGUACAUCUGGACGUGUGCUUGGAUUGACAGUUAAACCCAAAAUUAUUCAUAACCUGACCAAAGAGUUGAAGUGCAUUUUUAAUUGGCUGGAAAUGGACCUAGAAGGUGUCAACAACUAUAAGACGUUUAAAAGAAUAUAUACAGCAAAUCGGAGCGUAGUCGUGAUUGCACUGUGAUAAACGCGUACACAAAGACCCACAAUGCAUGCUGGGAAGCCCAACAAGAAUCUACCCACUGCUGCUUUGUUGCGUUAUUUAACAGGGACGUGAAUCUUACAACUCACGGUUCAGUUCGACUCCAGCUCUUACGGUGACCAUUUAAUAUGGAAUCAAUUCCCAUUUGAUUUUGUAUUAGGGAUGUAGCGAUAUCUACAUUUCCCAUCAAGGUUAUUGUGACCAAAAUUAUCGCUGUUAUCAUCAUAAUGUGCUCAGAGAAGUACCGAAACACACUGAAAUAUUGUAUCCAAGUUUUACAUGAACUAGUAUUCUUAUUUAAGAGCCAUAUUGAGUAGUGCCAGCUUGCUACUCCAGUAAAUUAGUGCCAGCAGUUUGAGUUUAUCAAAGUUUUUAUCAGUCACAGUUUUACAAUCGUUUAUUUUCAAACUGUAAUACUAAACCAUCGUGGGUUUUACCUUUUAUUGUUACAUUCCUACUUGGUUUACUAUGGUUUUGGGAUGAACAUGGAUUUGCAAACAAAAACAAAAAUGUGGAUUUGAUUUGGAAUUAAUCAUCUUUUUUGUGGUUACUAAUUUUUUUUAGUUCCAAAAAUGUUUUAUUAGUCUGUUACUAAUCGUAUUUUUGCUAACGUCGCAACGUCAAUAAUUUGGGCGGGGCUUCCUCUUCAUAUUCUAUAUUAUGUUAGAAGCCUUCUUAUUGGUCAAUCUUGGAUGACUGUGUGAGCGCUGACUACUUCCCCCUCCAACCCAUUAUAAAUAUCAAACACUGGGAGUAGGCUUUAUUGAGUCAAUUUAAACAGCUUGUAAUAUGUAAAAAAAAUAAAUAAAUUGGUUCCAAAUCAUUUUUUUUUGUACAGUACAGGCCAAAAGUUUGGACACACCUUCUCCUCUUUCAAUGCGUUUUCUUUAUUUUCAUGACUAUUUACAUUGUAGAUUUUCACUGAAGGCAUCAAAACUAUGAAUAAACACAUGUGGAGUUAUGCACUUAAUAAAAACAAAAGGUGAAAUAAUUAUAAAUAACUGAAAACAUGAUUUAAAUUCUAGUUUCUUCAAAAGAGCCACCCUUUGCUCUGAUUACUGCUUUGCACACUCUUGGCGUUCGCUCGAUGAGCUUCAAGCACACCUGUGAAGUGAAAACCAUUUCAGGCGACUACCUCUUGAAGUUCAUCGAGAGAAUGCCAAGAGUGUGCAAAGCAAUUAUCAGAGUAAAGGGUGGCUAUUUUGAAGAAACUAGAAUAUAAAACAUGUUUUCAGUAAUUUCACCUUUUUUUUUAUUAAGUACAUAACUCCACGUGUUCAUUCAUAGUUUUGAUGCCUUCAGUGACAAUCUACAAUGUAAAUAGUCAUGAAAAUAAAGAAAACGCAUUGAAUGAGGAGAAGGUGUCUCCAAACUUUUGGCCUGUACUGUAUAUAUUUGUAUUGCAAAUCAUUUUUGUAUGCAAAUCCAUUUUUUGUUUGGUUGUCAUAAAAGUACAGAUAAGUCUCCAUAGUAAACAAUAUGAAUUAUAAUAAAACCAAAAAUUAUUACAAAAUGUCUCCAAUAUUUUUCAUGAAUUCAAUAAAUCACAAACUAACAAAAAAAAAUCACUUGAACUCUAACCUAGUUUUAGAAUAUGAAUAAUUCUGGGCUUAUUUGCAGGUUGUAUCACUUUUUUUUCUUUUGUAAUUUAGGGCCUCCAUAAUGCUGACGUCAUUGUUUAAUGAAGUAGAAAUUCUGGUUCUCAUUUGGUAACUUUGUUAAUGAAGGUCCAGAAGUCUUCCGAAAUCCUGCUGUGGUCGGCAUGUUCUUAUUUUAAUUUUAAAGUUGUUUAGUCUGGGUGACCAUUGGCUGGAUCAAACCUCCCCACCCUCUGAUUGGGCGGAUUAUUGGCAUCUUGCCCCACUUUAAAAAAAACAAAGCCAUAACCGCCCCACGCCCCCUUAGAGGAUGGCCAGCUGGACAACAACAAAGUUCACUGAACCCAGCAUUGAUUGAUUAUGUUUGACUGCCAAUAGGAAAUAGAAGCAUCAGUGCACAAUAUUAGGAACACAUUCAUGUUGGUUUAUUAUGGAGCAGUGCUCCACACACACACACACACACACACACACACACACACACACACACACACACACACACACACACACCCGUAUGUAAUCCUCCGCCUGUGCUCCUGCAUUCCAUAGAGCUCCUGGUGAACCAGCUCUGCUCACUUGACAUGAAUACAACCAUUUUUAAACGGUUUAGAAGCAAACAAACGUGAUUGGAUUGAAGAAGGUUUGAGGUCCACCUAUAUAUUUUUGUUCCAGAUUACAAAAAUCUGUUCUCCUUCUCUCCCGUGUUUGGCCUUAUCCACACACUUCCUGUCUGCACUGCUGGCUUCAGUCGUGCCUUUUUGUUCCAGUCCUGAAUAAUUUUAUUCAUCAUAUUCAUGUCUUAUGCACAUCAUUCAUUAACACUUUUCAUGUUUACUUGUGCUUAUUUGAAGAAAGUUUUUUUUUUUUUUUCAAAGUCAUUUUUAAUUCUCUUAAAAAUGGACAAGUUGUGCUUGAAUAUUUCUUUCAUUUUAGUACAAAUGUUUGAAAUCUGUAGAAUUGUAGUACACUGGUACCUCGGGAUUUGUCCCUAAUCUGUUACAAAAGGUCCCGACGAACACAAAGCAAUAUUUCCCGCAAGAAAUCAUGCACAGUCGUAGAGUUUCACUCUUAUUGCAGAUUUUUUUUAACAGUUUUCUGCAGGGUUUUUUUGGGCCUGAAUUAAUGACUCGUUUGAAUUACAGAAUUUUUUGUCUGAAUUUGUCCAAUGAAUUAUUCCUGUCAUCAAGUGUACAUUUAUACAAGUUGUAUUUUAAACUAUUCAAAUGAAUCAGUCAAUGUAGAAUAUUGCAAUAUUGUAACGUAUCGUGACUGAAGUAUUGCGAUACACAUCGUACCAUGAAGUCAUUGCCAAUAUCCAAUUUUUUUAAGCAUAAAAAUGUCUAACUGAAACUAAAAAUGUCAUGACUAUAUUAGUAUAGGCCACUGUAGACCAAAGCAAUCAGAGCAGGCUGUUCAGUAUCCUGGCUCCUGAUUGGCCCAACAGGGUUACCAUAUCUAUUAAAGUAGUAUAAAAGUUUCAUAAUGUUAAAAAAUUGUAUUUAGGAAUGGUUUUUUUUAGUUAUUAUUUAACUAUGAAAAUAUUCAAUUUAUUAUUUAUAAUUCGUACUUUGCAGAAAUAGAUUUAUCACAGUUAUUAGCGAUAAAAGUUUAAAGCCACAGAUAUUUGAUAAGUCUCGCAACUUUUUCUUAGUGCGUCACCAUUCUGGAAUGAAAUAGUUUGUUGCAUACCAUAAUAAUCUACACAAUGCAUGCAUUAAAAUCUUGGCAAUAAUCUUCAUUAAUAAAAAAAACGGAUCGUACAAAAACCGAGGUACCAAUGUGUGACGCGCCAACAAACCCUUUGAGCGUGUCGUCCUCUUCCUGUCUAAAAACUUCCAAUAUUAAGUAUAGUUUUGGAAAUGGCCGUACUAAUAUGGUAUGAUGAUCUCGUUUUUCAGUUUUGCACUCCUGUAUGAAACCCAAUUAUCCUUUUUUUGUGUGUAUUUUAGUGCUGUAUUUUUGGAAUUAAUAAAGUGGUCAACACACGGAG